AUGGAUUUUCCUGCAGGAUUUGGAUGGUGGGUAGUCACCUCAGCUUAUCAAGUGGAAGGACGAGAAGAAGGGAGCCAUUUGAAGAUGGUGAAGGUUUUUCUAGACAGAGUGCAGGUUGAUCCUGGCAUAAUCCAUGUUGCUUAUGAUGCUUAUGAUUCCCAGCUUCAGUUGCCAUUUCCCAGACCUCCAGAAAUGAGAAUGAGGAAUCUCUGCUAUGAUAAUUGCAACAACUGCCAUGUAGAAGGCAUCUUCCAUGGGGACUAUGAAGAAGAGAUAACCAGUUCCCAGGAACCUGUUACGUUCAAGGAUGUGGCCGUGGACUUCACCAAGGAGGAGUGGGGGCAGCUGGACCCUGCACAAAGGGCCCUGUACAAAGAGGUGAUGCUGGAGAUCUAUGGCAACCUGGUCUUAGUGGGAAAGAAACCUUAUGACUGUGCCGAGUGUGGCAAGAGCUUCAGUCAGAGCACAGACCUUCACAUCCACCAGAGAGUCCACACAAGAAAGAAACCUUUUGUGUGCGAUACAUGCGGCAAAGGCUUCAGUUAUAACACGAAUCUUUGCGUGCAUCAGAGGGUCCACACAGGAGAGAAACCUUUUAAGUGUGAGGAGUGUGGCAAGGGCUUCCAUCAGAGCCCCAACCUUCGCAUCCACUGGAGAGUCCACACUGGAGCAAAACCGUACAGAUGUGAGGAGUGUUGUGAGAGCUUCAGACAGAACGUAGACCUCCAAGAGCAUCAGAGGGUCCACACAAGAGAAACCAUUUCAAUGUGA